AUGGAGGAAAACGCCAGGGUACGAGAACCAAGCUGGCGACCUGGGCACUCUCACCCGUCAAAGGAGAAGGAGAGGGAGUCCAAGAAAAAAGAAGAGGUCGGGACCAAAAGGCCCAGGAGAUACCACUCCUAUAGCCCUCUACGAGUUUCCCUGGUAGACAUCUAUAGGGAAAUUUGUCACACUGAAAGGCUAUCUCCCCCUCAGCCCAUCAAGAACAAGAAAGGGGGAAGUUGUAGCGAAUACUGUGAGUACCAUAAGCUAUAUGGGCACUCAACAAAUGAUUGUUACGACCUAAAAAAUGUGAUAGAAAAUUUGGCCAGGGAAGGUCGGCUUGACAGCUAUCUCACGAAAAGAUCGGAUCGUCAUGGCAAGAGGAACCGAGAUGAGGAGGAUCGAAGAGAUCUGCCACCACAGACCCCGAAAAGACAUAUACAUAUGAUCUCAGGAGGGUUUGCUGGAGGAGGUCUCAUAAAGUCAUCUCACAAGAGGUACCUAAACGAAGUCUACCAGGUCGGGGGCGAAUUGCCCGACCUCCCAACCAUCUCUUUCGACAAAGAAGAUGGGCAGGGCAUUGUUCCCAGACACAAUGAUCCGGUGGUGAUUACCAUGAUCCUCGCCAAUGCCCAUUUACACAGAACCCUGGUAGAUCAGGGGAGAUCGGCCGAUAUCCUGUUCAAACCAACAUUCGACAAGCUGAGAUUGGAUGAAAAGGAGUUAAGAGCAUACCCCGAUAUCCUAUACGGGCUGGAGGAGACGCCCAUAAAACCACUAGGAUUCAUACCCCUACAUACAACUUUUGGAAAGGGGAUGAAAUCCAAGACUCUAAGCAUCGACUUCAAAGUCGUUGAUGUGGGCUUAGCCUAUAACACCUUAAUAGGCAGAACAACCUUAAAUCGUCGUGGAGCAGUAGUAUCCACCCCCCCCCCUCCCCCACCUGUGCAUGAAGUUUCCAACACCAGAAGGAAUUGCAACCAUCAGGGGAGACCAAAAAUUGGCAAAGAAAUGAUACAAUGA